AUGUCGUCAGCUCGUGGCAGCGUAGCGGCAAGAAAGAGCCAGGGCGACGUCGCCUUCAAGGACGUCGACAAGAAGACCGACGUCGACACCACGGACAGAGUCGAAGAACCGGAGAGUGACGACGAGUUUUCGCCAUCGGUCUUGCGGGCGGGCGUGUUCCGAACCUCGAAGGCCCAGUGGCGACGCUACUCGAAGUGCGUCGUGGCCGGCGGCAUGGCGGCGCUUCUAGUGUGCCUCGCCAUACCCGCCGGAAUUCGAUCCUACGUUGGCUGCCAGUCGCCGAAUUGCGAGAACUGGCUCGAGGAGAUGAGCUACUCCAUCGACGCCACCAAGAAGCCGUGCGACAACUUUUACGACUACGUGUGCGGACGCUACUCAAGCGCCUCGGAUUCCUUCUUUCCCAACGCCUUUCUGCGCCUCCAAGUCCGCAUCUUCCUCUCCUUCUACAAGAGGAUCAUGUUGCAAGACGUGGACACCUUGCGUGAAGACGAAGGCGAGGACAGCCCGCGUUUCAAGGCCGUGUACAUGACGCAGCAAUGCCUUCAGGAGGCAAUGAACAACGUGGAUCGUCUUGACACGCUCAAGGAGUUCCUGGCCACCUACAACCUGUCGUGGCCUCCCGACAAGGAGCGGCUGCCCACGUCUCUUCUGGACACGCUAGUGGAACUGAGCCUGAAGAGGGACAUACACGUUCUCUUCCAGUUGCAGCCGGACAAGGACUUCAGCAGGCCAGGAUUUCAUCUUCUCCAUUGGGACAUUAACAUCCAAGGUGUCGUCGUGUGGCUAAUGCUGCGAGGAGUCUUGAUAGAGAAGGGAGAAUUGGACAAGGCGUUCCGUCAGUCGGCGUUGCUUCUUACUGGCAGAGAACUGCCGCCUCAGCUGAUCACGCGCAUCAUCGACCUGGACAGCCGCUUCCUCGCGGUCACCGUGUUGCCGCUUCUGGCUGUGCGAAACAACCAGACCCUCGAAUACGUCAAGUUCUCGGACGCGGACUCGAUCACGCUGCAGGCGAACAGCACCGUCCGUUUGCUGCACGCCGUGAAUCGCUUGCUGCCCGCGGACCGGCAGCUCACGGCCGACGACCGGAUGAUCGUGAAGAACAAGUUCAUCCUACCAUUUAUCAGCGAAAUCGUGCUCGGCGAACACUCCGGCUCGGAGACGGUGGCCGGCUACGUGGCUUUCCUCGUCGCCCUCCAACUGGCGCCGGCCAUGUCCGGCAGGUACUUGGAAUCGCUCGUUCCCAGCGAAGCCGUCAGUUUCGUCGUCCGUCUACUGAUGUGCUUGAUCGUUCCCAACCAGCAGCUGUCGUACGCCAUGGUGGACCUCUUCGUCGACUGGUUCGUCGAGAACGACAAGCUAGCCGCCAUUCGCGCCAUGUCCGCGGCGCUCUGGAAGGCCACGGAGUCCAUCAUCACCGACCUGUCCUGGAUCGACGAGACGACGCGCAAGAAGGGACUCGAACACAUUCGGCGUCUCGGGCGCGUCGUCGGCCACCCGUUCAACUUGUCCGACGCGAAGCGGGAACUGCGCGAACACUACGCCUUCGUGCCGAGGCUUCCGGCCAGUCACGCCGACAUGUUCACAACGGUGCACGACGCCCACGCGAGGCGACGGCUGGAGCUGCUGAAGGCGACCAAACCCUCGGUGAGACAGGAGGACCCUGAGCAGCCGAUGAUCUUGGUGAACGCGUUCUACGUGCCCAUCUACCACUGGGUCUUCAUCAUGGACGGCAUCAUGUUCGCCCCCUUCUAUACGCUCACGGUGCCCGAGUCGGUCAACUACGGCGCCUUGGGUCACGUGGUGGGCCACGAAGUGACACACAGCUACGACCCUGUGCUCGGCGUCUUCAACGCAUCCGGCCUGAAGGACGACUGGUGGAGUCCGAAGUCAAGGGAGCUGUUCGACAAGCGCAUCCAGUGCUUGCGCGACCUCUACAACGAGGUCCCGUGGUCAUACGGCGUCAGGUACGGCGACAGUGCUCUGUCCGAGAACUUCGCCGACUGCGGCGGCUUGGAGAAGGUGAUGAGGGCCUUGCGCGAACUGGGCCCGCAGCCUGGCGUAACGCUGGGCGAGCACAGCUUUACGGCCCAGCAGGCGUUCUUCGUCAGCAGCUGCUUCAAGUGGUGCGCCAAGUACGUUCCGAAGCCUGCGGCCGGCGAGCAGCCCGACGACAUUGCGAAGAUCUACUCGCCCUUGAACAUGCGUUGCAACGUUCCCCUGAUGAACACACCGGCGUUUGCCGACGCCUUUGGCUGCGCACCGGGCACGAUCAUGAGCCCGAAAGUGCGCUGCCAACUCUUCUGA